AUGUUGUUGUGUGUGCUUCAUGGGGAGGAUGGUCAACAGGAAGAUAUAAAUGAGGCUACUGACGAGGAAGCAAAGGAAGGUGGAACAGAAGACGACAGUGAAGAAAUUGACAGCUCAGAGGACGAUGAAAGUGAGGAGGAUAAUGUCCUUGGAGAAUUGUCAAGUGGGCCUGACUCAGAACAAGAUGCAACUUCUGGCGAACAGGACUGUUAUAGCAUCGAUGAAAGUGAUAAGAUAUGGUUUGUCUUUCAAAGCAAUUCAGAGGAAGAGGAUUUUUAUGGUUUUGGCUGAGUUUGCAAACAGUUGAUGUUCUUAAAAUUUGAUGCAGGUCGCUAUAAAAGAAUCUAAUAAAUCAAUGUAGUAUAAUAUAAUUAUAAAUUUGUUGUUUACAUUAGUUACCAGUCUUUCCAUGUCUCGCUGAUACAAAAGAGACCUGGAACAAAGUAUUGAAUGUCCUCUCAAAUCGUCUCAUGAACAUGUUCUCAAUACAC